AACCAGUUGACUGAUCAAUCCCGAGAUGGCCUCAGCUAUGGAAGAAGACACGCACGGUCCCGGUAAAAGAGUAGCUGUUGUGGGCGCUGGUGUUAGAAGGAGGGAAAAAAGUUUAAGAAACUUUUUCAGUUCUGGUUUUUAAGUGGGCUUGCUGCAGCAUACAAGUUGAAAGCACAUGGUUUGAAUGUCACAGUGUUUGAGGCUGAAGGAAGGGCAGGAGGAAAAUUGAAAAGUGUUUCAAAGGAUGGCCUAAUUUGGGAUGAAGGAGCAAACACCAUGUUGGGCAAGAAUAUUUCAAGAUUGUAAUGCUGUUAGCAAGUUACUAGGAUUCCUUCCCUAAGUCUCAAAGCCGGCUCCUUGCAGACUGAAAGUGAAAUGGAGGUCAGGUGUUUGCUUGAUGAUCUUGGCAUUCGAGAUAAGCAACAAUCUCCAAUAUCCCAGACCAAAAGAUAUAUUGUGAGAAAUGGGAUUCCGGUGCUGUUACCUACAAAUCUGAUUGACCUAUUCAAGAGCAACAUUCUUUCUGCACAAUCAAAGUUCCGCAUUAUGUUGGAGCCAGUCCUGUGGAAGAAAAGGGAUUCCUCAAAACUCUCAGAUGCACAAAAUGUGGAAAGCGUGGGUGGGUUCUUUGAGCGCCAUUUUGGGAAAGAGGUUGUUGAUUAUCUGGUUGAUCCUUUUGUUGCUGGCACAAGCGCUGGAGAUCCUGAUUCUCUUUGUAUGCGUUAUUCUUUUCCAGAGCUCUGGAAUCUAGAGCAAAGGUUUGGUUCUAUCAUAGCUGGGGCAGUGAGAUCAAAAUUCACUGGGAGAAGGGAAAAAAGUCAAGAGACAAAGAGUUCUUUGGACAAGAAGAAACAUCAGCGUGGUUCUUUUUCUUUCUUUGGUGGAAUGCAGACAAUUGCUGAUAGAUUGUGUAAAGAGCUUGAUAGAGAUGAGCUUAAAUUGAACUCAAAGGUCUUGUCAUUAUCUUAUAGUCAUGAUGGGAAGUCAGCAUUAGAGAAUUGGUCUGUUUCUUGUUCUUUAAACUCCGACAAGCAUUCCCAAGGUUCAAACUUUGAUGCUGUAAUCAUGGCGGCUCCACUAUGCAAUGUUGAGGAAAUGAAAAUUUCAAAAGGAGGACAAAUAUUUCCGCUCGACUUUCUCCCUCAGGUGAGUUACAUGCCAUUAUCAGUCAUAAUCACCGCAUUUAAGAAGGCAAAUGUUAAGAGACCCCUUGAAGGAUUUGGCGUUCUUGUUCCUUCUAAGGAGCAACAAAAUGGACUAAAAUCUCUUGGUACACUCUUUUCUUCGAUGAUGUUUCCAGAUCGUGCACCCAGUGACAUACAUCUCUACACAACUUUCAUUGGUGGAAGUCGAAACAAGGAACUAGCAAAAACUUCAACAGAGGAGUUGAAGGAGAUUGUCACUUCAGAUCUCAGGCAAUUGUUGGGCGUGGAGGGAGAGCCUCUAUAUGUGAAUCACUUCUACUGGAGUAAGGCAUUUCCGUUAUAUGGGUUGAACUAUGGCUCAGUUUUAGAAGCAAUUGAAAAGAUGGAGGAAAAUCUUCCUGGAUUUUUCUAUGCAGGUAACCAUAGAGGAGGAUUGUCUGUUGGCAAAGCGAUAACCUCUGGGUGCAGUGCGGCUGAUCUUGUAAUCUCUUACUUGGAGUCUUCUUCAGAUGACAAGAUGAAGAUGUUUAAGGACGAAUCUUCGCUUUAAGAAUGGAAAAUAUAUUCUGCCUCUGUAUGAUGUCUUGUCUUGUGCUCUCUCUUUCAUACAGGGAUGUGAGAGUAGGUUGUAAUUGAGCUAUGGGAGCUGUGCUCCUAGUUUUUAAUGUACUAGUACUGUAAAUUUUCUGUUGUAGAGAAAUAUGUUACCAUGUGCUAGAACCUGAAUGAUUUGCAAGGAUUCAUUACGUCAUUUGAUAGCUAUCAUGACUUCAGUUCUCA